AUGCGCCGCUCCUCACAGUUCGACCUUUCGAAAACCUUGGGCCGCAUUCUCCGGUAUGAGAUACACAAGUACAGUCUCACUCCAGACGAGAGCGGAUGGGUGCAGCUGCACGAGCUCAUCCAGAAGUGUGGCAUCACCCACUCCAGAGAGGACGUCGUUGAAGUGGCUCGCACCAGCGCAGGAUCGCAAGGCAGACGCUUCGAUUUGGAUGAGCCUGCUAAGGGCUUCUUCCGAAUAAAAGCAAGGUAUGUACAUGGCAAAGGCGGCAAGGCUUCUGGCAAUCGCCAGGGGGGAAGCCCGAAUGGCAAGGCUAGCACCUCCAUGCCGGAGCCUGCAGAGACGAGAAGUUACACACACCUCAGGCGGAGCUCCACGGAUGAAGUGCCUGGGAUUUCUGGAGGCUCUGGCUCAAUCAUGACAAGUCGGACAGAGACUGCCGAUCUGUUACGGUUCAGCCGGGCCACAGAGAGAGAGGCCGAGACGGUUGGAGACUGUCAGGACUCCUUCGGACCGGAGUCCUUUGACAUCUCCACACCACGGUGCAUGCGGGAGAGCCUUUGGGAGAAGUACGAGGAUCCCACGACAGGUCGGAUCUGGUUUUUCAACAGCGAGAAAGAGGAGUUUUUUUUCGAAGACACAGCCGCAGACAGUGGGUGGCGCAGGUACGACAGCGAUGUCGGGCCGUGGUGGCACAAUGAGAGCACAGAGACUUGGUUUAUGGAAGGAGCAUUGAACUAG